UUCAGGUAACGUAUUCGUGAUCGCCGCUAUACUUCUAGAGAGAAAUUUGCAGAACGUAGCAAAUUAUCUGAUUUUAUCGCUAGCCGUUGCUGAUUUACUCGUGGCUUGCUUAGUAAUGCCCUUGGGUGCUGUAUACGAAGUUAGCCAGGAAUGGACCUUGGGACCUGAAUUAUGCGAUAUGUGGACGUCCAGCGACGUGCUUUGUUGUACGGCGUCAAUUUUACAUCUCGUCGCUAUAGCUUUAGAUAGAUACUGGGCUGUUACUAACAUAGACUACAUACAUCAUCGAACAGCCAAACGAAUUGGAGUAAUGAUAGCAGUAGUAUGGUUUGUGUCCUUUUUGGUUUGCAUAGCACCUUUACUUGGAUGGAAGGAUCCGGGUUGGGCAGGCAGACUCGAAGAUAAGAAAUGCAUUGUUAGUCAAGACAUAGGGUACCAAAUCUUUGCAACCUCAUCCUCGUUUUACCUGCCACUAAUGGUAAUCCUUAUAUUGUAUUGGAGGAUAUUUCAAACUGCCAGAAAAAGGAUUAGAAGAAGACAGGCCAGUUACGGCGCGACGAGUAGUGGUAAUCAAAAUCCGGCCGCGGGCGGAAUAGCCGGCGGGUUAGCUGUCGCUAGUGGUACGGGUGGUAUAGCAGCCGCCGUUGUUACAAUCAUCGGAAGGCCACUUCCUACCAUAUCCGAAACAACCACCGCGUUCACGACCGUUUCAUCAAACUCAAACAACACAAGUCCAGAAAAAACCUCAUUUCCGAACGGGUUGGAACCGGAACCUACCACAACCGACUUUGGUGCUAUCAACUAUCAGCCGCAGUACUAUGCGAUCAAAAGGAAAAAGGACUCGGCCGAUUCGAAGCGAGAACGAAAGGCUGCCAAAACUUUAGCUAUUAUAACUGGAGCAUUCGUCAUCUGCUGGUUGCCAUUUUUUAUAAUGGCCGUGCUGUUGCCUAUUUACAAAGACUUUUUUAAAGAGUACAUUAUAUCGUUGUUCUUAUGGUUAGGAUAUUUUAAUUCAACGCUUAAUCCGAUUAUAUAUACGAUAUUUAGUCCAGAAUUUCGGCACGCAUUUAAAAAGAUCUUAUUUGGGCGAAACUAUGCGCGUCGAAGGAAUAGAAAAUUUGGAAUAAAAAACCUUCAAUGAUGUAGGCAAAGUGACGUCUUGUCGACGGAACGUCCAAUCGCUACUAGACUGGCUGCCACAGUAGCUGCCGCAGCUGGUGCUAGAACCGUUACAUUCGAAUGUGAUUAGUCCCUCGACGAGAUGUCGCUUUGCUUUGAACUGCAAGAAAAAACGGGUACUCUUUUUAUUAGUAUAACGAAGUGUUUUAAAUGCGUGAAUGAAGCUGAAACGAAACAGUCAUCGAAGUUUAAUAACAGGGUAUGGUAAACGCACUUUUUGUAGGAAUUCUUCGAGCGAAUGCGUUUAAGGGGUUUCCCUCAUUAGUCUAUAAGCUUCUUUUUUAAUGAUAACGAAUCAUAAUCAAGACGAAGACCAAACAUUCAGAUAUAUAUCAAUUUGAAUUGAAAAAAACCAAAUUUCUUAUACGACUUAGAAGCAUAUCUGUGACACUUAAUUGCAAUAAUUUCACGUUUUUCAACCAUGUCUAGAAUACAUCACAAACAAUUUAUAAAUGUGAAGUACAAUCAUGUUGUUGUUAACAUCGUUUCUGUUUCAUUAUACCGACUCAUCAACUUCACUUACUCUUGUUUACUUAUAUAAAAGUGGAAUGCGGGCAAUAUUUUUAUAAAUAAAUAAAACAAAAAGAAUUGAAUACAUACUGCGCUUCCCGAUCUUUUGUAAACGUUCAUUCAGUGAUCACAAUGUAAAGGAGCCUUAUAUUAUAUUGAAUUAGAAUUAUUUAUAAAAAAAAUAUAUUAUAGGGUAAUAACUUAUUUUUGAGCCCUAAAUAAGUUAUUGUCUUAACAAAAUGAUAAAAUCAAAGUGGACCCUACAUGAUUGUUGAAGUAUACCUAAAUAUAAAAUGUAUUAAAUAAAUAUAUUAAUGUGAUUUUUUAAAUAAAGUUAUAAAAAGUC